AUGGAUCAGAAGUGGAUCUCAAUGAUCGUACUGUUCUCAGCUGUGUGUGGUGUAUCUCCAUACGUUCCUCAUCGGUAUCACUUUGUGAAUCAGAGUAAAACCUGGACUGAAGCUCAGAGCUACUGCAGAGAGACCUACACUGAUCUGGCCACCAUCAACAACAUGGAUGAGAUGAAGAAGCUGAACGACACUCUGAAGGGUAAAGGUAGAGACUAUGUUUGGAUUGGUCUGGGCCGUGGGGACACUGGGAAAUGGGGGUGGUCUCUGCCAGAUGGAAAUUUCUACACUGUAGGAGAUACAGACCAGAACUGGAGAAGUGGAGAACCAAAUAAUCAUGGAGGAAUAGAGUUCUGUGUUGGAAUGUAUAAACAAGAUGGAAAGUGGUUUGAUGACAACUGUGAGAGUAAACAUACUUUUGUGUGUUUUGACGGUAAGGGAUACGUAUUCAUUAAUGAGACAAAGACCUGGCGUGAAGCUCAGAGCUACUGCAGAGAACAUCACACAGACCUGGCCAGUGUGAGGAACGAGAGUGAGAGAUGGCAGAUCAGUGCAGCAGGAAGUGGUGAUAAUUUCUGGAUCGGCCUGUAUAAAGACUCCUGGAAGUGGUCAGAUCAGAGUAACUCCUCAUUCCGAUACUGGGAGUCUAACCAGCCAGAACAAUCAAAAUGUGCUGCAGCUUCUGUGAAUGACCAGGGUCAGUGGCAUGAUAUAGAAUGUAGAGAUCAGUGCCCUUUCAUCUGCCAUGAGAAUGAACUGAUCUUGAUUCAGCAGAAUCUGAGCUGGGCAGAUGCUCUGAGAUACUGCAGAGAGAAACAUGUGGACCUGGUCUCAGUUCACUCUGAGGAGAUCCAGCUCUGGGUGAAGGAUGUGGCUCAGAAAGCCUCCACUGAUCAUGUGUGGCUGGGUCUGCGUCACACCUGCACUCAGGGAUUCUGGUUCUGGACGAGUGGGUUUACCGUCUGCUAUGAUAACUGGGCUCCAGGUAACGGUGCAGAAGGUGAAGAGUGCAGUCCUGUAGAGAGAACCGGAGCAGUGCAGGCUAGAGGAGAUCAGCAGUGGGUCAGCCUGCCUGAGAACCAGACUCUCAACUUCAUCUGCAUCAAAUAUGAAGGUUAG